AUGAGGGUAAAACUUGCAGCACAAGUUUUAAGCCACUCAGUUGCAGCAGGAAUAUUUUCCAAAAUAGCUAAAGGAGACAUGCCGACUGGAGCAGUGGCAACGGGAGCUUCUGUAGAGAAUCCCUAUAUAGAAGUGAAAACAUCAGACAACAAACAAGGAAUUGGAAUCGCUAAAUGGAGCCACAUCAGACAAUUCUAUGAACUGGACAAUAAUAAUCCCAAUUUUGUUUAUGCACCACACUUAACUAAAGAACACCUUGACCCCAAUACCAAGCAAAAAAUGAGGGUAAAACUUGCAGCACAAGUUUUAAGCCACUCAGUUGCAGCAGGAAUAUUUUCCAAAAUAGCUAAAGGAGACAUGCCGACUGGAGCAGUGGCAACGGGAAAGGAUAAAAAAAAGAUUUUCAUUGCAUAA